AUGGUGAAAGUUACAAAGUUUGUGACUUCUCGUCCAGUUGUUGUCUUCUUAGUCCUGGCUUUUCUAGUGGUUGUUUUCGGAUGCAUACCGAUCACGAAUUGGCAAACAACAACGAAGAACAUAACAAACGAAGUCUCUUUGUUCACUGAAUAUCUCCGGUCAAAUCUUGUUUCCGAGAUCGAAAACAUCGGAAAUUUCAUUUAUCCGAAGACAAAUUCAUCUACAAUCGGUUUAGCAAGAGUUAUAGACUUUUAUCUCACCAGGAAAAGUACUCCUUUCAAAGAGAUUCAAACACAGAUCGCACCAUUGUUGUUUCAAGCUUAUUCAACGAUCCCUCAAGUCUCACAAGUUACGUACAUUAGUACGGAGGGUCUCGUCUUUUCUUACAUCACAGAAGUGAACACAAGUGUCGCUGUUUUUGCCAAUUCAAGUAGUGGUGGAGACUACACUUGGUACACUCAAACCGUUAAUCAGAGAACCGGUCGUCACAACGGUAAUGCAGCGAGAUCUCAGCCGUUCAAUGUAACCAAUACAGAUUGGUUUCAAGCAGCACAGAGGAAUCAAACCACCGCUUUUGUGGGACCUGGUUUGGGAGGAGAAGGUAACCAGACUCUGUUUCAAAGCGUGGUUAGCUUGGACAGCAAGAAAGGAGUUGUUUUGUUAGGGUUUCCCUUAAAGCCUUUAACUAGUGUCUUAAACCGUUUGAAUCUUCACGGCGGAGAGCUUUACCUGUGGACUAAGGACGGUACGGUUCUUGUUCGUGAAGGUUCAUUGAAUGCUUCUUUAUUCAUCUCCAAUGGCUCCAUUUGCUCGAAAGCCGUGCGGUCUACAUGCCUCCCCGGAAACUGCGGUUCCGGUGGCUACGGAUUGGAGAUCGAAAGAUCGACAUUCCAAGCUUUUUGCUCUGUUCUUGAAGUUGCCGGCGUGCCUCUGAGAUACACGCUUUUGUUUCCGGACAAAGGAGGAGGAACAAGCAUCGAGAAGGAUGCAAAAGCGGGGCUAAUUCUGCUUAUUCUUGUGACGAUCUUCUAUGCAUUGUGUUGGCCUCUAGGGUUUGUGGCGUUUAUGGUGCAAGCAGCAAGAAGAGAGAUGCAUAUGCGUUCAAUGUUGAUAAACCAAAUGGAAGCAACACAACAGGCUGAGAGGAAGAGCAUGAACAAGAGCCAAGCGUUUGCAAGAGCUAGCCACGAUAUUAGAGGUUCCCUUGCCGGGAUCACCGGUCUCAUUGAUCUAUGCCGUGAGUCACGUGAUGAAGUUAAGCCUGGCUCCGACCUAGACACUAGUCUCAAGCAAGUGAAUGUAUGCACCAGUGAUCUGGUUGCUCUGCUUAACUCUGUAUUGGACAUGAGCAAGAUCGAGAGCGGGAAGAUGCAGCUAGAGGAAGAAGAUUUCAACCUAGCGAAGCUUCUUGAAGACGUUGUCGAUGUUUUCCAUCCCGUGGCGAUGAAGAAAGGAGUUGAUGUGGUUCUUGAUCUUCAAGAUGGCUCCAUUUUCAAGUUCUCAAAUGUGAGAGGGGAUAGUGGCAAACUCAAGCAGAUUCUGAACAAUCUUGUAAGCAAUGCGGUCAAGUUCACAGUUGAGGGUCACAUUUCAAUCCGAGCUUGGGCUCAGAGGCCAGGUUCCAAGAGCUCUGUGGUCUUGGCAUCGGAGCUUGAAAGAGGUGUAUCCUCCUGGUUUUCAAAGUUUAUGUUCUGCAAGAACAAAGACCACCACAACUCAACAUCAACCUAUGAGAUGGAAAUUUCGAACUCCAUAAUAAACAAUGCCAACACGAUGGAGUUUGUGUUUGAAGUGGACGAUACAGGUCAAGGAAUACCUUUGGAGAUGCGUAAAUCGGUGUUUGAAAACUAUGUUCAGGUAAGAGAAACAGCACAAGGGCAACAAGGAACAGGAUUAGGGCUCGGGAUUGUUCAGUCUCUGGUGAGACUAAUGGGAGGUGAAAUAAGAAUCACUGAAAAGGCCAUGGGAGAGAAGGGAACAUGUUUCCAGUUCAAUGUUUUGUUGACAACCUCAGAGUCUCCUCAAGUGAGUGACGUGAAAGUGAAGCAAGACCUUGAAGCAGGAGGAGGUGGAGGAGAUUACAUAUCCACACCAAGCCUUGGCCUGACUAUAAACACUUCUUUAGGAGGUAGUAGCAUGAACAUACGUAACCUUAGCCCUAGAUUCAACAACUGUCUCAGCUCAAGUCCGAAGCAAGAAAGCUCUCGUGUGGUUCUCUUGCUCAAAGAUGAAGAACGAAGAAGAGUCACAGAGAGAAACAUAAAGCGUUUAGGAAUAAAAGUCACGGUGGUGGAGAAAUGGGAGCAUUUGAAUCAUGCCUUGGAGAGACUUAUUGGUUUUUCACCUCAGAGUUCCAUUGGAAGAGCAGAGUCUAGUUUGAGAAACGAAUUAUCAUCAGGUCCAAGCUCAAGGGAGUUGCCUCUGAUUGGUAUGGAUGGCAUUGAUUCCAGAAGCCAAAUCCCUAGAAGGAGAAGCAACAGUUCCAUUGCAACUGUCCUUCUGGUGAUUGAUGCAAAAGCCGGACCAUUUCUUGAGAUGCAAGAAAUCGUCCAAAAGUUUCGUAGAGGCUUGCACCGUGGGAUAUCCUGUAAAGUUGUUUGGCUCAACGAGCAGAGUGGCCAAGGAGUUGAGAGAGGAGACGUUACUUAUUUGAAACCUUUGCACGGAUCUCGUCUUAACCGAGUGCUCAACAUGUUGCCUGAAUUUGGAGGAAUUGAUCCAAAAGAAAGGGAAUCGCUACUGAGGCAUUCGCUUUUGGCAGAGACAUCACCAAAACGUAAAAGUGGUGAAAUCCAAGAAGAGGGACCAAGUUCGAGGUAUAACAAAAAGCUAGGCAAGUCAAUAAUGGCACCAGCACCUUCAGAGAGGGCCAAGACAGUGCCUACUGGUCGAGAGCCUAUUGGGAAACCAGAGGAGGAGAAAGGAACUUCAAGACCAAGCGGUGAUGAUGAUGAAGAAUUCCUAAGAGGAAAGAGAGUUAUGGUGGUUGAUGAUAAUCGUAUAACAUGUUCAGUUGCAGCAAGAAAGCUGAAGAAGAUGGGAGUCUCUGAGGCCAGACAAUGCGAGAGUGGGAAAGAAGCUGUGAGAUUAGUCAGUGAAAAGCUUACACAAAGAGAGCAAGAAGAAGUAAACAUGCUUCCCUUUGACUACAUAUUCAUGGACUGCGAGAUGCCAGAAAUGGAUGGAUAUGAAGCAACAAGAGAGAUUAGGAAAGUGGAGAGAAACUAUGGUGUUCGUAUACCAAUAAUAGCAGUAUCUGGUCAUGAUCCUGGUUCCAAGGAAGCAAGAGAAACCAUAGAAGCUGGAAUGGACGCCUUCUUAGAGAAAAACAUGAAUCAAGACCAACUUGCCAACAUCAUUAGAGAUAUCCAAAGCAAGAGUACACAUGCGACCAGAGAAAGUAGUAGUUAG